AUGGUGAUUCGCAAGAAGAGCACCAAGAAUCCCCCAGUGCUGAGCCAUGAAUUCAUCCCGCAGAAUCACGCAGACAUUGUCUCCUAUGUGGCGAUGGUCUUCUUGCUGGGACUCAUGUUCAAGAUAGCAGCAAAAGCAUGUAUCAUUUUUGUUACUCUUCAGUACAAUGUUAUCCUCCCAGCAACAAAAGAACAAGCUACUGAAGCAGCAUCCCUUUAUUACUAUGGUAUCAAAGAUUUUGCUACAGUUUUCUUCUAUAUGCUAAUGGCAAUAAUUAUUCAUGCCAUAAUUCAAGAGUAUGUGUUGGAUAAAAUUAACCGGCGAAUGCACUUCUCCAAAACAAAACACAGCAAGUUUAAUGAAUCUGGUCAGCUUAGUGCAUUCUACCUUUUUUCUUGUAUUUGGGGCACAUUCAUUCCAUUCUCUGAAAACUACAUUUCAGACCCAACUAUCUUGUGGCGGGCCUAUCCCCAUACCCUGAUGACAUUUCAAAUGAAGUUUUUCUUCAUAUCACAGUUGGCUUACUGGUUUCAUGCUUUUCCAGAACUCUACUUCCAGAAAACCAAAAAAGAAGAUAUUCCACAUCAGCUUGUCUAUAUUGGUCUUUACCUCUUUCACAUUGCUGGAGCUUAUCUUUUGAAUUUGAAUCAUCUUGGACUCGUUCUUUUGGUGCUGCAUUAUUUUGUUGAAUUUCUUUUCCACAUUUCCCACCUGUUUUAUUUUAGUGAUGAAAAGUAUCAGAAAGGGUUUUCUCUGUGGUCAGUUCUGUUUGUUUUGGGACGACUUCUGACUUUAAUUCUUUCGGUACUCACUGUUGGCUUUGGCCUUGCAAGAGCAGAGAAUCAGAAGCUGGAUUUCAGUACUGGAAACUUCAGUGUGUUGGCUGAUAGAAUUGCUAUUCUGUCAUCCAUUUGCACUACUCAAGCAUUCAUGAUGUGGAAAUUCAUUAAUUUCCAGCUUCGGAGGUGGAAGGAACAUUCUAGUUUUCAGGCACCAACUGUGAAGAAGAAACCAACGGUGACUAAAGGCAGGUCUUCUAGAAAAGGAACAGAAAAUGGUGUGAAUGGAACAGUAACUUCAAAUAGAGCAGACUCUCCCCAUAAUAAAAAAGAGAAAUCUUCAUAAUGAGUUACAAGUUUAUUGAUUGAUGUCCCCAAAGAAAUCUGCUUUUUACUAUGAUAUCUUUAAACACUAGAGAUUGUUCUGUUCUUGAAAAUACAGUUUGUGCUCUUUGAUCCUUGCUAUUGUACUGUUUCAUGCAUUUUUUUAAAGGGCAUUUGAGGGGAGAAUGAUUAUUAUGAAUGAAAAAAAUAUUUUAGCUUAGACUAAGCUACCUGCCUUCAAAAUAGUUUAGGGACCACCACCAUAUUUUGUUUUGUUUUGUUU